CUUUCAACACGCCCAGCGCCAGCAAUCGCUCACCACCAACCGCCACAAUGCCGAAACCAAACCCAUUCCUCACCCUCUUCCGGCGCCACUACUCUAUCCACGCCCCAAACCUCACACUCUCGACGCGCCCGCGCCCACAAUGCCUGCGCCAACCGCCCUCCCCACGCUCCACACCACGCGUGCUCGUCUUCCGGCGCAGCGUCGGCGGCGGCCCCGGCCUGGACCCGAAUUUUGUAUCUGUCCUCGACCGGCCGGCGAAAAUGGCACGCGUGGGGAAACAACACGGCCCGGGCCUGAUCAUCCUCGCCAUCAUCCCGCUCACAGCCUUCGUGCUCGGCUGCUGGCAAGUCAAGCGCCUGGGCUGGAAGACGGAGCUAGUCGCGCGCUUCGAGGACCGGCUCACGUUCCCGCCGCUCGAGCUCCCGCUGCGAAUCGACCCUGAGGCUAUCGAUGCGUUUGACUACCGGCGCGUGUAUGCUCGGGGGCGGUUACGGCACGAUCAGGAGAUGUUGAUUGGGCCGCGGAUGCUGGAUGGGGAGGAGGGGUAUACGGUUGUGACGCCGUUGGAGAGGGAGGAUGGGAAGGGCGGGAAGCACAAGAUCCUGUGUUGUCGCGGGUGGAUUAAGAAGGAUGCUGCGCCGCAGUGGUUUAGGAAGAAAAAUGGUGCGUUGCCCGAGGGGGAGGUCACUGUCGAGGGGCUGUUGAGAGCCCCGCCAAAGGGGAACAUGUUUACGCCAAGCAAUCUGCCAGAGCAAGGAAAGUGGUUUUUCCCUGAUGUCAAGGGCAUGGCGGAGUGGAGUGAGAGUCAGGCUGUGUGGGUUGAGGAGACGAUGGUACCGGACUUGCUCACAAACUAUGAGCGCGAACCCAAGGGUGUACCGAUUGGGAGGGCGCCGACUGUGAACCUGAGGAACAACCACACGCAGUACAUCUUUACUUGGUACGCGUUGAGUUUCGCCACAUCCAUCAUGUUCUGGAUGGUUGUCAAGAAGCCUAUAUCAGGGACCCAGCGGCGGGUACGACACAGCGUCGAUUGGUCAUAACAGCAUAACGCAUCUUCAUCAUUCGUCUUCCUCUUCGAUGAUGUCCAGCUUCCUCUUCUGCGCCCUCCGCUUGGGCAGCGGCUCCAUUCUGAGCUGCUGCAACAGUUCCCUGGGGAGUAUCUUCUGCGCAAGCGAGAACACCGUACUGUUCUUGGUAGUUUUGCGAGUUCU